GACAGAGCGGAGUUUUCCGGGAGGCACCGCAGCCAGGAGGCGGCGGAGGGACGGAGCGGGCCGGGGAGGCGCUAGCGGAGCCGGUGCCGAUGCCGAGGAGCAGCUGACGGCGGCGGGGACGCGGAAAUGGAGCCGCGGCCGGGCCGGGCCGUGCGGGCGCUGUGCGGCCUCUUCCUCCUCCUCCUCCUCCUCGUCCUGCAGCAUCCCGGCCGCGCCGAGCGAGCCCCCGGCUCCCACCUGGACGACUCGGCCAUCGCAGAGUUCUGCCGCAUUGACAAGGCCCUGUGCCACGAUGAGGACGAGCAGCUGAGCUUCGAGGCCGUGCGCAACAUCCACAAGCAGAUGGACGACGACGCCAACGGCAACGUGGACGUGGAGGAGAGCGACGAGUUCUUGAGGGAAGACUUGAAUUACCAUGACCCAGCAGUCAAGCACAGCACUUUCCAUGGAGAGGACAAGCUCAUCAGUGUGGAAGACCUCUGGAAGGCCUGGAAAACAUCUGAAGUGUACAACUGGACGGUGGACGAGGUGGUGCAGUGGCUCAUUUCCUACGUGGAGCUGCCCCAGUACGAGGAGACCUUCCGCAAGCUGCAGCUCAGCGGCCACGCCAUGCCCAGGCUGGCAGUGAACAACGCCACCAUGAUGGGCACUGUGCUCAAGAUGACCGACCGCAGCCACCGGCAGAAGCUGCAGCUCAAGGCUCUGGACACGGUGCUCUUCGGGCCUCCUCUGUUGACUCGUCACAACCACCUCAAGGACUUCAUGCUGGUGGUGUCCAUCGUCAUCGGCGUGGGCGGCUGCUGGUUCGCCUACAUCCAGAACCGCUACUCCAAGGAGCACAUGAAGAAGAUGAUGAAGGACCUGGAGGGUCUCCACAGGGCUGAGCAGUCUCUCCACGACCUGCAGGAGAGGCUGCAGAAGGCGCAGGAGGAGCACCGCUCCGUGGAGGUGGAGAAGGUGCACCUGGAGAAGAAGCUGCAGGACGAGAUCAGCAUUGCCAAGCAGGAGGCACACAGGCUGCGGGAGCUGCGCGAGGGCACCGAGAACGAGCUCAGCCGGCAGAAAUACGCCGAGCAGGAGCUGGAGCAGGUGCGGAUGGCGCUGAAGAACGCGGAGAAGGAGCUGGAGUCCCACUGCAGCUGGGCUGCCCCCGAGGCCCUGCAGAAGUGGCUGCAGCUGACCCACGAGGUGGAGGUGCAGUACUACAACAUCAAGAAGCAGAACGCAGAGAAGCAGCUGCUGGUGGCCAAGGAAGGGGCUGAAAAGAUCAAAAAGAAGCGAAACACCCUUUUUGGGACGUUCCAUGUUGCUCACAGUUCCUCUCUGGAUGAUGUGGAUCAUAAAAUCCUGACUGCAAAACAAGCGCUGAGCGAGGUGACGGCGGCGCUGCGGGAGCGGCUGCACCGCUGGCAGCAGAUCGAGCUGCUCUGCGGCUUCCAGAUCGUCAACAACCCCGGCAUCCCCUCGCUGGCCUCGGCCCUCAACAUCGACCCGGGCUGGAUGGGCACGCCCCGGCCCAACCCCUCGCACUUCAUCAUCACCGACGACGUGGAUGACCUGGACGAGGAGCUGGUGUCACCCAUGUCCAUCCAAUAUGCAGCCUGGCUUUUCGGGCGCAGGUUCAGCGACCGCUCCUCGCUGUCCUCGGAGGAUCAGUCCCUCUGGAAAUACCCUGCUCCGGCCUUGCCCAGCACAGUCCGGCAGCGCCUGGUGGAGCCGCAGCACGGCCACGGAUCGCAGAGAGAUUUAACUCGCUGCGACUCCGACUCCUCCAUCCCGCACCUGAGCGACCACCAGCGUAUCCCCAGCUCGGCGCCCAAGCUGCUGGCUGCCCGGCCCACGCUGCUGACCAGGUCCAUGGAGGAGGCUGUCCCCGGGCCCCCGGGCCCCGGCGCGCCCACCCCCAACGGCGGCAGCCGGCACGGGGAGCCCUCCGCCCUGGCGGCUUUGCAGGAGCGGCUGCCCGAGAGCCCCAUGGUGAUGAAGAAGAUGAUGACGGUGAACCACGGCAUGGAGAAGUCCUCCAGCCUGGGGGAGAUCAGCCACCCGACGGCCGGCAAGCCCAGCCACUCGGAUUCGUCCCGGUCGCACAGCCCCAGCUCCACCGACCCCGACACCCCCUCCCCCAUCUCUGACUGCCGGCCCAGCGGCGCCAGGAACACCCGCAUCCCGCAGCUGGCCGCCAAGAAGAGUCCGGGGGACGAGGACAGCAGCCUGACGGGCGACGAGGUUGACCUCGGCCAGAGCAAGAAAAAGUUCCCCCUAAAGAUCUUCAAGAAGCCCAAGAAGUAGGGGGGGAGACCCCCGGACGCGUCCCGCCGGGCCCGGGGCCGGCCGUGCACCGGGAACGCAGCGCGGCCCCGGCACCCCCCGCACCCCGAGUCACCCCGGCGCCGGCACGGGAGGAGCUAUUUAAACUUAUUUAUUUCCUCAUCUCCGAGACGAGAAGCGCGACGCCGCCGGCUCCCCGCGAGAAGAGCCGCCCCUGCCCUCCCUCCGACCGCUGCGGUCCCGGCUUUGCUGUGCAUGGCUUCCAGUUACUCCUGCUCUGCUCAGCCACGCGGCCUUUGGGUUUGGUUUCAAUGUGGUUUUAUUUUUUUUUUAUUUUAUUUUUUAUUGUUGUUAUUAAUUUGUUUUCCUGCCUCCUCCGACUUUUGCACAGGCUGAGGGCGGGCCGGGGCGGCGCCGGCCGCUCCGCGCUGCCCCUGGGGUGACUCCGGUCGCAGCGGUUCUCCCUCAUUUCUCCGAGUCACUUUCCCAGCCCGGCCCCUGGCUGCGCCCCUGGGAAGGGGAUCCCCUCCGAGCAGCUCUCGCUGCGCAGGAGCAGGGGAGGACUCUGCCCUUGCCGGUACUUGUGUGCUCCCGGUGCCCACGGCCGCUGGGGGCCGCGGGGACGGGGCUGUCCCCGCACCGCUCUGCCCGGUGCUUGGGAAGGUCGGGACGCGGGGCGGGAGGGGCCCACGCCCAUCCCCGGCUGUACUUCCCCGGGGACCCUUCCUGGUGCCCUGCACUGCUCCGAACCCGCUGUGCCAGGGACCCGGCUGAGGGCCCUGGUGACAGGGACAGUGAGGGGAGAGCCCUGCUGACAGGGACAGUGAGGGAAGGGCCCUGCUGACAGGGACAGUGAUGGAAGGGCCCCUGGUGACAGGGACAGUGAGGGGAGAGCCCUGGUGACAGGGACAGUGAGAGAAGGGCCCUGCUGACAGGGACAGUGAUGGAAGGGCCCCUGGUGACAGGGACAGUGAGGGAAGGGCCCCUGGUGACAGGGACAGUGAUGGAAGAGCCCUGCUGACAGGCACAGUGAGGGAAGGGCCCCUGGUGACAGGCACAGUGAGGGGAGAGCCCUGCUGACAGGGACAGUGAGGGGAGAGCCCUGCUGACAGGGACAGUGAUGGAAGAGCCCUGCUGACAGGGACAGUGAGGGAAGGGCCAUCCCGAGGGGUGUUGGUGCAGAGCCCGGUCCAGCUGCCACAUCCACACAGAGAGGAGAGGGCUCCCAGGAGCAGGUCCCCUGUCCAUUGUUCCCUGUCGUGCCUGGGCAGGGCCAGAGGGAGGGACCAGGACACAGCGGGGCUCUCCAGGGCAGGGGACAGGCUGUGCCUGGGGGGCAGGACCAUGACAGAGUCCUCCCCUAGAGGAGGCCGGCUCCUGGGGGCUCUGUGCCCCACCCCGAGGGACUCAGGGGGCUCACACAGGCAGUGUCCCCCUUGCCCUGAGGCCACACGCCGCAGUGUCCCCAGCUGUACCAGCCUGACCUGGGGCUCAGUCCAUCCUGAGCCACUCCUAGGGGCUCUCCUGUCCUCCCUCAGCACAUUGUGGGUCACAUCCUGCUGCUCACAGCCCCCGGCUCACCUCGGCGUGGCCCCAGCACAGCCCCAGCCACUGUGGAGUCCCUACUGAGGGCAGCAGCUGUGGCUGAGUCCCACUCCCUGCGAGGGCCUGGCCUGUCCCAAGGGAUGAGCCCUGCCCCAUCCCUUGCUCCCCUUUCCCAGCUCCUCCAGGAGCAUCCCCCAGCCCUGGGGCUGCCAGGGAAACCCCCACACCACUUCCCAGCCCACUCGAGGCGCUCCCUGGCACCACAUGACCCCCCAGCCGGGGGUCCCUGUCCUCAGCACCCCCUCCAUCCCCAGACCAUCGUCCCACACAUCCUUGGGGGUGGGCAGGGGGCUGCUCCUGCCGAGGCAGAGGAGAAUGCACCAUGGGGGGAGGAGGAGGAAGAGGAGGCCGAGAGCCCCCGGGGCCUUGCUUUAUGCCAGAGUAAUAUAUUUGUGUCUUGACAAUUCAGGAAGGGCUACAAAGGUGUUUUUUGUUCCGUAGGCGGGAGUUAAAUGAUUUCACUGUUGCUUUGGGAUAAGUGAAAAAUUCCUCUCAAUGACUUUAAGUGCCUGCAUUUCCCUGGGGGUGGGGGGAUGCGCUCGGCCCCACAACAGGGCUGCUGCCUGGGCACCCCGAUUCUGUGGGCACCCUGAUUUGUGGGCACCCCAAUGCUAUGGGCACCCCGAUUUAUGGGCACUCCAGUACAUGGGCAUCCUGAUUCCGUGGGCACCCUGAUUUGUGGGCACCCCAAUUUAUGGGUACCCCAAUCUGUGGGCACCCUGAUUUAUGGGUACCCCAAUCUGUGGGCACCCCGAUUUGUGGGCACCCUGCUGUCACAGGCAGGGCCCCCAGGAGCGGGGCCAGCGGGGUCGGGGCCAGAGCUGCUUGUGGUGGCAGAGACCUGUGGAUGCUUCUGGAGAAGGGGUUGGGGAUCCAACUGUUGACACAUCUGCCAAUUCUUGAUUUAAGGUGGUUUUUGUUUUUUGUUUUUUGUCAUUUCAUAAAACUUUUCAAUCCAAUAAAGCAUGUAGUCUAUUUUACGA